AUGUACCUUCCGUUGGCUACCCCUUCCUUUCACCGCCUACUGACACAUCUUGGCCUCUUCCUCAGAAAACGUCGAUGCAAUGCUGGCAAACCCUCGUGUCAAAACUGCAUCGAGGCACAGGUCAACUGCGAGUAUGACGAUGCGCCCUCGCAGCGCAUUGACACGUCGGGCGGCAGCCGCGAGAUCUUGAGUCGGCUGCGCGACAUCGAGGCCCUUCUCGAGGCGCAAUCGGACAGUCUGCUGUCGAUGGCAGGAGGGUUUGGGGCGACGACGUCAUCGCGGCCUGCAACAACAACUACAACAACUGCUGGUAAUAGCAGCGACAGCAGCAACAACGGCACCAACCAUGCCGCCACCGCAGCCGUGCCCGACGACCGGUCGCUGGCGUCGCUGUCCGCGUCGCUGUCCACGUCACACAUGGGCGUGCCCAUGACACCGCUGCCACUUACCAACAUUGACAUCGCCGAGGACCUGGCCGGCGUGCCACCCCUGACCAUCCCCGUCAAGCACAAGACGUCGUCGAGCUACUUGCUGAGCCUGCCGGCCAUGAAGGCACUGAUCGGCGAGUACCCACCGGACCUCUUCUUCCUGCUCGAAUCACGAGAUCCACUACCGCCACCGCUCGCUCUGGACGCGGCAACGUCCUUUUCGACGCAGCCAAGGCCGUUGCCGCCACUGGGCCGCGAUGUCACCGACUACCUCGUGUCGGCCUUUUUCAGCAUGGCCCACGAGAGCCACCCGGUGUUGGACGAGGCCGAGUUCCGAGCGUUGUAUGCGCGGUUUCGCGCGGAUGCGGGACUGAGCAGCAUUGAAAACGCCCUGUGCAUGGUCGUCCUGGCCAUUGGCGCUGUGGCCGUGUCGGCGCCUGGCGCUGCCGACUUCCGCACCAAUCCACCCGGCAUGGAUUACAUGCAGCACGCCCUGCCGACGCUCGUCGCGCAGUCCGCCUGGUCGUUUUCCUACAGCACGAUCCUGGCGCAGGCGCUGGUGCUGGCCAGCAACUACUUUGCCUUUAUUGUGCGGCCGCUGCACAGCUGGCGCCUUAUCUUUUCGGCGUCGACCAUCCUGCAGUUUAAGCUGUCGGGUCUCGAGGCGCGGCAGAUACAGCAGUCGCCGGCUGCGCACGAGUACGAGUCGCUAUUGCGCCUGUUUUGGUCCUGUUUUCUGCUCGAGUGUGACCGGCUGGCCGAGCUCGAGCUCCCCCGCAGCAGCCUCCAGCAGUUGACCGACGAGACGGCCCUGCCCAGCUGCGACAGCUUGUCGCCGUUGCAGUCCACGUGCUAUCUGGCCGAGAUCUCGAUACGCCGCCUGCUGAACCGGAUCCACAACUGCCUGUACCCCGUCAAGCAGCACCUGUUCCGGCUGUCGUCCGCCGCCCUCAUGACCACGGACAAUUUCACCAUGGAGGAGAUUACAGCCAUGCAGACGGUCUGUGACGAGCUGCGCCGGCAGCUCGACCUGUGGCACGCGUCCAUCCCCGAACCCUACCGACCGCUCCUCAACACCGUGCCCGAGGGCCACACCGACCGCCAGCUGGUGCUGCGCAUUCGGUAUUUUGCCGCCCGGCACAUUAUUUAUCGACCGUUUGUGCUGUACAUUGUCAGCACGCCGCCGACCGCCACGCUCCCCGAGUCCAUUCGGGAAAAGGCCGCAUUGUGCAUCGACGCCUGCCGCUCGUACAUUUUGAAUGUCACCCACAUCAUCCAGCGGCCCAGCCAGUACACGUGGACGUUUUCGCUGAGCUCGCUGGCUGCCGUGGUGGUCGUCACGCUGUCGUCGCUCUGUCCCCUGCUGAAGCAUUUGGUGCCAGACAUUGACGAGCUGCAGACGGUGGCCAUUCGCAACAUUCGCAGUUGGCACAUGUCGAGUUUGGAGGCGGUGGUGUCUAUUUUGGAGGAUAUGCAGAGGAAGCAGAGGAUACUGUCGAGGGUAUGA